CCUCACAAACCCCAAGUGCAAUCAUGGACCAAGUCAAGUUGAGCAGGGGGGUGAUGCAUAUUAAGGACCAUGGCUCCAGAGAUCUGUCCCAGGAAACGGUCCAGAGGCUGAUCCACCAGUCCCAUGAGGCAAAGCAGCAAGCCUACUGUCCUUACAGCAAAUUCAGAGUGGGAGCUGCUCUCUUGACCCACGACAACUGUGUGUUUACAGGUUGCAAUGUGGAGAAUGCGUGUUACAAUUUGGGUUUGUGUGCUGAGAGGAAUGCCAUCUCAAAGGCAGUGUCUGAAGGCUACAGGAGCUUCAAGGCAAUUGCAAUUGCCAGUGACCUGAAUGACCAGUUCAUCUCCCCGUGUGGUGGCUGCAGGCAGUUCAUAAGAGAGUUUGGAUCAAACUGGGAUGUGUACCUGUCAAAGCCCGACGGCUCGUACCUAAAGAUGACUGUGGACGAGCUGCUGCCUGUCUCCUUUGGCCCAGAGGAGCUGUCCAUGAAGAAAGUGUUUGACAUUCCUCAUGAGUACUGAGUCCAGAUUGUGGUACAAAAACACACGUGGCUUCUUUGAGCUGCUAUGACAUGUACUGUUUAAAAUGCUGCUGAAAAUGAAUUCAUGUUUAGCAGUAGUUCUAUUUAUGGUAAAUAUUUCUUCAUGUAUUAUCUGCUGAUUGUAAAUGUCAUAUAUAUUUAAAUUUACUCUGUGUACUGUAGUAUUAAUUAAAACAACAUCAAGGUCAUUGCCAAACUAUUUGCUGGAAAAUUAAUUUAUUAAUCAGUUUAAUUAAUUAUUCCUUAAUUAUUUAUCUAUUUACCAGUGGUGAAAGAUGUAUUUAGAUUCUUUGCUUUUGUAAAAAUACUAAUACCACACUGUGGGAAUACUCGACUACAAGUAAGUCCUGCAUUCAAACCUUACCUUACCUUAAGGUAAAAGUACUGUGUUUUCAUUAAAAUGUGCCUCUAGUGUUGGUUCUAAAGUAACAUGUUCCCUGCCAUCGUUUUACUAUUAAAGAUGAUGUUUUAGAUUGAUAUUACUGCUACAUUAAUGUGUAUGCUGCCAUUUACUGAUGUAGAUGUCUGAAACAGUGCCAACUUUAGCUACAUAAUAUGCUGUUUGGGGACAUUUAUAGAUACAUGGUUUUCACUGGACAGCAAAAGUAUGAGAAACUGUAAUCUGAAAGCUGUCAGGCAUAUGUAGUGGAAUAAAAAGUAUUAACCUCUGAGAUGUAGAGAUAUAUAAAGUUGCAUAAAAUUGAUUACUUAAGUAAAGUGAAAGUACCUCUAAUCACACUUGACACAGUACAGUAAAUGUACUUUGUUACAUUCCACAACUGCCAUUUACCAACAUUAACAUGCUGAAUGCUGUAUCGUUAUAGCUACAAAUAUUACCUAGUUUAAAGAAGCAUGACCAAAAUUAUGUAUCAAAUCCACAUAUUUUAAUAAAUAAAGUGUUUUAAAGGA